AGUGAACUAUGAAUAGUGGGUUCUAUUUGGUGCUCUGCUCAGCCAAGUCCUCAGCUCUGAAAUCCUCAGAGGAGGCUCAUAGAGAAGCCAGACAAUAUCCUGACACCUGCCUGCAAGCUCUCUCUCUCUUCUUGCCCUACUAAUGGGAUUGCUUGGGCACCAUGCACUUUAUAUCUGACAGUCAGAAGGGCCGACACUUUGUCUGCAGUUAACCAGCCAUUGGAUUUUAUCGUUUCCAGCCAACAGGUGGAAUUUUUCAUUUCCAAAGCAGCAAGUUUUGAAGAAGAAGAAGAAGAAGAAGAAGAAGAAGAAAGUGAAGCAUGGAUCGAAGGUGGAUAUAUUUCAUAUUUGCGCUGUUUUCUAGUUUACCACUUUCACCGGCUUUUCCCAGUGCUGAUCACUCAUCUUUGCGUUUGGGUUUCAGGAGUCAAGAUGUCUCGGAGCCUUUGGGAAACGUCCUCUCCAGAAAGAAACGAGCCGUUGAUACUUCUGUUUCUCAAUACAUGGUUGACAUUGAACUCAGUUUCCCAAAUGCCUCACUCCUGGAUGAUCUCAAAUUAUUCAUACAGAGCUUGUCAUAUCCCAUUGCUCUAGACGAUUCCAUGACUGCCAACAUAUCAGCAAUAAGUGUAACAACAGUAUGCAGUCUAAGUGGAUCAACGUCCCAGUGCUCCUGUGAAAAUGGUUACACGUGGUCUGGUGAUGUAUGUCACACUUAUACACCUUGUGUGGGAUCCAGUUCUCGGUGUACCUGCAUAAAUCAAACACCUCCAACAGGAGCAUAUUGUCAGGUUACGACAGCUAAAAACAAAAAAAUGAGUCUUAGAAUCUUGGAAGAUUUUACAGACGAUUUCAGAGACCUGUCGUCCGCCAAGUCCCAAAGUUACACGAGCCGGAUAGAAAAUGCGUUUGAUUCCAGCUACGGAUCUUUGCCUGGAUACCUGUAUGCGAGAGUGACGAGAUUUAGGCCAGGAAGUGUUGUAGCAGACUAUACAAUUGUAACAGACGCAGUCAACUCUUCAGUGCUCCAGGCGGCUAACACUGAUUUAGUAGCCAACUUGAGUGCAACCUUCCGCUUAGCCACACCAGCCAUUCAGAAUGUCAUUGAAGGACAGAGUAACCUAAAUGUUUCCCCAGUCAACGUCUUUAUUGGAGAUAGAGUAUCUCUUCUAUGCACUGUAAACUCUGCUUCUACUAAUGUACUAUGGUAUUUUAAUGACACACAAAAAAUUACAUCUAUUGCACCAUUUGAAAUUACCAACAAAACAACAAGUUCUACGUCAGAGUCCAACUUGGUCAUAACCGGCAUGACUAAGAAUAAUGCAGGAAAUUACAAGUGCAUGUUUGAAAAUACCUCUGACCUUUAUUUGGUAGAUACAAACAUAACCGUUGCUUCUAUAACCAUUACGGGACCUGAUUCUGUACAAGUUACUUGCAACAACUCCGACUAUACUUUGGUCACUUGUUCCACAGAUGGGGACAUUAACUCUCUUUCACUUACAUGUUCUUCUGAUCCAAACAAAGGUGUUUUCAACAGGUCCCAGUUAUGCGCUUCUGCUACUUGUUGGAAUUACAUGGUGCAAGCCAGUCCAGACCAGUGCACCGAGGGAAGCAAAGCAACCUAUACGUGUACUUGUUUCACGCCAUAUGAAGCUAAGGUCUCUAAAGUCAUCAGUGUCACCUAUUUAAACCCAGGAGCUCAGUUAACAUUGACUCCAGCUAGUGCUCUCACCAUUUCCGAAGGGCGAUCAAUAUGGUUAGCAUGUCAAAGUUCUAAGAAUGUAUCUGAUAUUAUCUGGAAUUUCUCCGGCGCCAUUAAUACGACUGUUCAAAACACUUUCAUCAGCUAUACUGCUUCAAAUUUCACCUCUAUACUUUAUAUUCCAAGUGCAGUCACGAGCUGGAAAGGUAUUUUUUAUUGUUCAUCGAAAACUCUGAGUGUACAGUCGGUCCAAAAGUCUGUAAAUGUCGUCAAACUCAUUCCAAGCUCCCUGAUUGAUAUCAAACCAGUGGAAACCUUCUAUGAAAGUGGCAAAGAUACUAGCUUCAGCUGCUGUGGUUCAGACAUGUCGGGUUACACCGCUACUUUGCAGCCUUCAGUAGGAAGAACAACAGAUAUGAUAUUAAAUGGCAACUGUUUCAGUGUGAAUUACAAUUGUGUUGGCUGUAACGAUUACACGGCCUUCUGCACAAUUAAAAACUCUUUGGGUGAUACUGUUAACAGCCGCACCAUGAAACUGACUCUUCGCCAACCAGAGACAAUCAGGUGCCAAAACCCACCAGGCAUUGGAGCGAUAGGCGACAUAAUUACAGUCCCUUGUGCAGAUGACAAUAUUAACCUAACUGGAAACAAGAGUUUCACCUGCACUCCGACUGGUUGGCAGCCCAUAUUGCCCAAUAACUGCGUACUGAAAAGUCUCAACAGAUUGGCCAAUGACAUUGUGAAUCUGACAGGCCCAGCUGGGACAGACAUACUGCACUUGUAUGUUGAAGACCUUAGCACCACGGUGACGACAGAGAGGGAAAACAUAACUUCUCAACCAAGCAACAUCAUAACUGUAGUCAACAUCCUACAGCAAGUGGAGAACAGUACUACAACUGUACCACAGGCUGUUAUGCAGAACUUUCUACAGACUGUCAAUGUGGUUGUAGAUGAAGCAUCUACAAACUCCUGGGGGGCAAUGAACAAUAGGACUGAAAGGAGUACCCAGCUGCUUGAAUCCGUGGAGAAAUUUGCCAGAAAACUUCAAAUUGACAAUGGAGGAAACAUUUCAAUAAAAAACAACUCCAAUGUUCAGUUAGUUGGUAUUAUUGCAAGUCCAUCAAGAAACUAUGAUGAAACUUUUAGUUUCAUCCAAGGAAAUAAUUUAACAGGCAGUGUUCUUAUCCCACAGUCUAGCGUAAACCAAAUGCAGGCCAACACCAGCAUUAUUACUAUUGCCUACGCAACUUUGAAGGACAUUUUGCUUAAUACCUCAACUGAAUUUGUCAAUGGUCUAGUCAUGACAACAGUACUCUCCAACUCAGUGCCCUCCACUUUUAAAAUUUCAAUGAACUUUAAGAAGAGCAAUCAGACACUGAAUGUUCCGGGAUGUGUUUUCUGGAAUCUGACUACAAAUAACUGGGACAAUACCGGGUGCCGAGGUGUAAACUAUGAUUCUAAUGUGACGUGUGAAUGUGAUCACUUGACUUCCUUUUCAAUUCUCAUGUCCUAUAAAUCAGUGGAUAGUAUCAUACUGGAUUAUAUUUCUUACAUUGGCUUGGCUAUUUCAAUUAUCAGCUUAUUGAUUUGCAUCAUGAUUGAAGGACUAAUAUGGAAGUCAGUGACCAAGAACAAAACGUCCUACAUGCGCCAUGUUUGUUUGAUGAACAUUGCCGUAUCGCUCCUCCUUGCAGAUAUUUGGUUUAUCAUUGGUGCAGCCAUAUCUACUCUACUGAAAUCAGAUGCCACAAAUUCUACUAACACCAACGCCUGCGUGGCUGCAACAUUUUUCACUCACUUUUUUUACUUGUCCUUAUUUUUUUGGAUGUUGACUAUGGGACUCAUACUGUUCUAUCGACUCGUCUACGUCUUGCACGACAUGAGCAAAAGUCGCAUGAUGGCAAUAGCGUUCACCGUGGGUUAUGGCUGCCCUCUUCUUAUAUCCAUUAUUACGGUUGCCGUCACACAACCAAGUAAAACAUAUAUGAAUGACAAUGCUUGCUGGCUCAACUUCAGAGACAGCAAGGCCUUCAUCGCAUUCGUCUUGCCAGCACUGACAAUUGUCCUUGUCAACUUCAUCAUCCUUGCGGUUGUCAUCAUUAAACUUCUCAGGCCAUCAGUUGGAGACAAGCCGAAGAAGGAAGACAAGAGCACCUUAGUACACAUUGGGAAGAGCAUAGCCAUCUUGACACCGCUAUUAGGUCUUACCUGGGGUUUUGGUAUAGCAACAAUUAUAGCUCCUGAUGCUAUAUGGGUCCUUGGUAUUUUCUCAGCACUCAACUCACUUCAGGGGCUGUUUAUUCUGCUGUUUGGGUGUUUGCUCGACAAAAAAGUUCGCGAUUCGUUGCUCAGCAGAUUCUCAUUGUCAAGGGGGAGUUCACAGCAGACAAAGACUUCCCAUGUUACUACAUCAGAGAUUCAGUUCUCCAGAGGAGUCUUCAACAUUUUUGCUAAAAAGGGUGCUUAUAAUAUUUCUACUGCCCAGAGGAGUUCUACAAGUGAAACACCAUCAAAUUCCUACUCCUUACUCACCUGAAAACAAGACAGUGCCAUUGUCCUUGUAUAUGCCCAAAUACAUUUUGGGACACUUUUAAAAUAUACUGUAUGCACUUUAUUGUUUAUUGCCAUUUGUCAGUGACUCUGUGUAUUACUGUCAUGCCCAACUGUCGGCUUCAAUGCCUUUCUCACAGUCAAACACUGCAGACUGGAUUACAGCUUUCUAAUUCUCUGUGGAGAUGGGACUCAGUGAAGACAUCUAGUUUGGUCUGGGGUUUAUUGAGGCUCCCCACAGCGGCUGUAUAGGAGGGGGGUACGUGGCACCCAAUUCUUUUAGAAUUGCUGAAGGAUUGCUGAAAGAGGCAGUUGAUGGUUGUUAUUGUUUAUGUUUUAUGGACGAUUGGUGAAAACACUCUGACCCCUCUCCCCAUGUUUAGUGUAACCUAUAUAGAAUAACAUGUUCAUUACUGAUUAUUGUGUAAAAAAAAAACCCUAUAAUGUAAGUGUUAUAAUGUUCCUUACCAGUUUGGAAUAUUUUAUUCCGCUUCCUUCUGGGAAGGAACAUACUAUUAAAGUGCAGUAUGCUGAGAAGUAUAGAUAGAGUAGAUUAUUCUAUUACCCGCAUGGACAUCAACUUCAAGUUUAAUGGAUGUCCUUCAGGUGGAGCAAUGGAAGCACCUUUCUUUUGUAAAAUGUUCCUCUCAGCUUAUGACGGAGCCAGCUGGAUACAACAUGGGAUAUUCCUAAAUUCAUUCGGGCUGGUGCAAUUGACAGUUUGUAUAUAUACUUGCCAGUUCUAAUCCACUCUUUAUUAAAACAGAGCGAAGUUCUCUGUUUCAUUAGCCUGGUUUAUAUGUGCUAUCACCCGAACACCUGUUGAUAUAUAGUUUUUUUUGUAUGUUAAACAAAGUUAUAAAUUAUUGAAAGAGCUUCAAUUAACUUUUUGGACUCCUAAGGUGCCAGCUGGUUCCUUGGUUCUGAGAAUAAAGUCUUGGUUUGUUGAUGCCGUGUUGAGUUCACUUAACAGAUAUAAGCAUUGCAUAUAUGAAUACUCUAUAGGGUACACAUAUAGGUGUUUAAUCAUUCCUCCUAUAAUUUAUUUAUUACUUACGUUUGUAAAGAACAUUAAAGCCAGUAUCCACUCAC